AUGUCGGUUUUGAAGGGUUUCGUGCUUGAUGAUGAUGGAAUACAUGGUAACUUCUCUUUAAAGGAUUCGUCAGCAUAUUCUGCGAGUGAAAAUGAUUUUCUGGAACAAAAAAUGGGGAAAAUGAUGCAAAAAUGCAAUUUUGAAAACCAGAACGCAGUUCAGCAGACUAUUCAGAAUCUUCAAAAAUUCUCAAAGUUGUCAGGAAACGGAGCUUAUAGUAUGUUAUUGCCUUUAAUCAGUUUGAUCAAAGAAAAAGACAAUGACUCUUUCAAGCAGGUUGCCGAUCACGACGAUGUUGUGAAACGCAUUCGUGUGUCAUGGCAAGAAGAACGAGAGGGCAGGAAACGAAUUCCAAAUUUCGUAGUGAAGAUUUGUGAGUGGAUGCUGGAUAAUGGAUUAAGGUCAGUUGAAGAACUUGAAGAAGAAUGGAAGGCUGCACAACAAAGAAGACUAGAUCUGAUUUCGCUGUUAGAGAAUAAUACUGUACAGUUAGAGUGCGCGAGGAAAAGAGCGUAUGAUCAAACUGCAAAGUGUGAGCAGAUCCAAAAGGAAUUUGAUUAUCUCAAGAUGAAAAACAGGAAGCUGUUCAAACAGCUAGAAGGUGCUCGUUCAAAAUUUCGCAAAAUGAAAGUAAGCCAAGAGUCUGAACAAAAACAGAUUGUAUCGGAAAAGGAAAGAAGUAGCGUUGGAUCUUCUGAGAACAAUGUCAAUUCGUUCGAACAUAUUGAAAAGAAAAAUCCUUCACAAGUUGAGUUACAGAUAUCUGAAUCAGAAGUUGCGAAGAUAGUUCUAAUUGGUGUAAGAACAGAAAAAGAAGUUUGUGAUCACAAAGUAGAAAAUGGUUUCUUGAGUAAUGGACAAAGUGAAUUUGAUACAAUGAUUUUGAAAGAAAACUCUACUGAGGACAAAGUAGAUGAAUCUGUGUGUACGGAUAUUAAAGACGAAUCUACAGAAGGAAAUGUGGAGGAUUCGAAAGUCGUGUUGUGUAGUGGGGAUCAACAGACUGAUGAGUUUCAGAGAUGCCGCACAAAAAGCACACAGGAUAAUAUCAAGGAUUUCAAGGAGAUUGUGGCAUCGGUCAGCAGCGGGUAUCGCGUUUCAUGUUCCGCCGCUUUUUAA